CUGCGGGAAGCUUCGCAUUCGGGAGCCUUGCCUUCUCUCCUCCUACAGACAUCACAUCCGGGUCAGUUGGCUGCAACUGUGUGUAUAGCGAGCUCAGUACAGCAACGCAGGCUGAGACAGCUGCUGUAUAUCCUCUGCUGACAUGGAUACUACCACUGGCGUUUGUUGAAACUGUUCACCAUAACAUCAAGCUGGGAAGCUGAAACCAGGGACGCCCGCGGACAGGACCGAUCAUUUCUUGCAUGGGUGCCCUCAAGGGAUAGCCACUAUUCAGCCAUGUCCAAAACCCUGAAGAAGAAAAACCACUGGACCAACAAAGUCCAUGAGAGUGUCCUUUGCAGGAAUAAGGAAGGGGAGCUCGGGUUCGAGUUGAAGGGAGGCGCGGAGAAUGGACAGUUCCCUUAUCUCGGGGAGGUUAGGCAAGACAAGGUGGCCUGCCAGAGCGGCAAACUGUCCCAAGAUGAACUACUCCUUGAGGUCAAUGAAACGCCAGUGGCCGGACUAACAAUCAGGGAUGUACAUGCAGUGGUCAGACACAGCAAAGACCCUGUCCGCCUUAAGUGUGUCAAACAAGGGGGCGUCAUAGACAAGGACCUGCGCCACUACCUCAACCUGCGCUUCCAGAAGGCCUCAGUGGACCACGAGCUCCAGCAGAUCAUCAGAGACAACCUCUACCUCCGCACCGUACCCUGUACAACCAGGCAGCCCAAGGAAGGAGAGGUCCCGGGGGUGGACUACAACUUUGUGACUGUUGACCGGUUUAUGGAAUUGGAGAAAAGUGGAGCCUUACUAGAGAGCGGAACUUAUGAAGAGAACUAUUACGGCACCCCCAAGCCCCCGUGCGAGCCCAGCCCUCUGCUGCUAAAUGUAACAGAUCAGCUCCUGCCGGGCGCCCGACCCAGCUCCAAGGGGAAGAGGAAACGGAACAAGUCGGUCAGCAACAUGGAGAAGGCCGGCAUCGAGCCACCCGAGGAUGAGGAAGAGGAGAGGCCCGUUGUCAAUGGCAACGGCAAUGGCAUCACCCCAGAGUCCAGCGAACAUGAAGACAAGAGUACAGAUGUCUCCUCGGGGGACGUCCCCCCUCAGACCUGUCCCUCCACCGAGACCCCCACCACCCCUAACAACGAAGGCCCCCAGGAGGAGGGGGGCGAGCUAGCCAAGUCACCCCCCAAGCCAGAUGAGAAUGAGAGUGAGCUAGGCCCUCUGCCAGACAACUGGGAGAUGGCCUACACAGAGAAGGGAGAGGUGUACUUUAUCGACCACAACACCAAGACGACGUCGUGGCUGGACCCGCGGCUGGCGAAGAAGGCGAAGCCACCGGAAGAAUGCAAAGAGGACGAGCUGCCGUACGGCUGGGAGAAGAUUGAUGACCCUAUUUACGGCAGCUACUAUGUGGACCACAUAAACAGAAGGACCCAGUUUGAGAACCCAGUCCUGGAAGCCAAGAGGAGAGUCCAGCAACACCAGCAAAUGCAAGAGCAGGGUCUGUCCUCGCUGCCCCUACCUACUAUCUACAGAGAGAAGCCCCUGUUCACACGGGACGCCACCCAGCUGAAGGGCAGCUUCCUGUCCACGGCCCUGCAGAAGAGCAGCAUGGGCUUUGGCUUCACCAUCAUCGGAGGGGACGAGCCAGAUGAGUUCCUGCAGGUCAAGAGUGUCAUACCUGACGGCCCCGCUGCACAGGACGGAAAGAUGGACACAGGUGAUGUCAUCGUGUACAUCAAUGACGUGUGUGUCCUGGGCACCACCCAUGCCGACGUGGUCAAGCUGUUCCAGUCAGUGCCCAUCGGGCAGAGCGUAACCCUGGUGCUGUGCCGUGGCUACCAGCUGCCCUACGACCCCGAGGACCCGGGUGCCAGCGCCGGCGCCACCACCACCCUCCUCUCCCCACUGGGCCUGAUGGAGCAGCGCCCCCUCCUUGUCAACGGACGCUCGAACUACGACAGCUACAUGGACUACAUCUCGCGCACGGCGCGCUUUGUCCAGGAACACGGUGACCAGCAUCUCAAUGCCCACCACCACCAUCAACCCCCACCGCCGCACCCCGGCGACACCCACCUGGACGGCUCCUCCCUGACGCCCGGCGGGCCGCACGGCGAGGACUCGGUGUCCAUGGCAUCAUCGGGGGCGACGCAGACGGAGCUGCUGACGCUGACCAUGGUGAAGGGGGCGGAGGGGUUCGGGUUCACCAUCGCAGACAGCCCGACGGGCCAGAGGGUGAAGCAGGUGCUGGAGCCCCAGGGCUGUCCUGGUCUGUGUGAGGGGGACCUGAUCGUAGACAUCAACCAGCAGGGAGUGCAGGGCCUCAGUCACACCCAGGUGGUGGAGCUGCUCAAGGAGUGUGCCGUCGGGGCUGAGACCAGCCUGGUCAUCCAGAGGGGUGGAGGAGGUCACUAUUCACCCUGGAAGACCCCUAAACAGGUGUUGGAGCAGUGGGACGCGGCCCAAGGCCAGGGAGGGGGUCAGGGCAGCCCCCAGACCAGUCUGUCUGCCCCCGUUGUCCCCCACAACGCCCCCUUCCUGACCCGCCACCUCCACAGGGCCUCAUUCCCAGACUCUGCCUUCCCCGAGGGCUUUGAUCUGAGCAGGCCCGACCCCUAUGACCUCUAUGAGAAGUCCAGGGCUAUCUAUGAGAGUAGUAGGCAGCCAGGCAUGCCGCGGACCACCUUCUCUGUGGACCACUCAGGAGCAGAGUACCAGGAGGUGGAGGUCCACCUGAGGAGGCAGAAGUCCGGCUUCGGCUUCCGCAUCCUGGGGGGAGACGAGGCGGGACAGCCUGUGAGUCCGGACACCCGUGAGAAGAUCCUGAUUGGGGCCAUCAUAGAGAAGAGCCCGGCGGACAGAGACGGGCGCCUGCGGCCGGGCGAUGAGCUCAUCUUCGUGGACGGGAUCCCAGUGGCGGGGAAGCCCCACCGCUAUGUCAUCGACCUGAUGCACGGCGCCGCCCGCAACGGACAGGUCAACCUCACCAUCAGGAGGAGGCUACAGGGCCCAGGAGAGCCCUGUCCAGAGAACGGCCGCAGCCCCGGCUCCGUGUCCACCCAGCACAGCUCCCCACGCAGCGACUUCACCAAUGUCACGUAUCCUGGCAACAACGCAGCCCCACCCACUGCCGCCAUGGGUACAGGUAGCACCACAGACGGGGCGCCGACAUCCAACGUGCAGCAGCCACCUAGUGAUGUCAUUAUCCACCGCAAGGAGAGUGAAGGGUUUGGAUUCGUCAUCAUCAGCUCGCUCAACCGGCCCGAGACCGCCGCCGCCAUCAGCGUGCCCCAUAAGAUUGGGCGUAUCAUCGACGGCAGCCCGGCGGACCGCUGUGGCAAACUGAAGGUUGGUGACCGCAUCCUGGCGGUGAACAGUCAGUCCAUCAUCAACAUGCCCCACGCCGACAUCGUCAAGCUCAUCAAGGACGCCGGCCUCAGCGUCACCCUCCAGAUCAUACCACAGGAAGAGCUGAGCCCGUCAGCCCCUAGCUCAGAGAAGCAGAGCCCAGUAGUGACCCAACAACACAGUCCCCAAGCCCAGCCCAGUCCCACCGUGGCCCAGCCCAGUCCCACCGUGGCCCAGCCCAGCCCUGCUGUCACCCAGCCCAGCCCUGCAGUCACCCAGCCCAGCUCCCUGACCCACCAGAGCCCCAUCACCCAGACCCCAGCCCCCCCACCCCAGAUCUACACCCACGACAGCAGUUACAGGUCAGAGGUGAAAGCGAGGCAGGACGUGAAACCGGACAUCCGACAGCCUCCAUUCACAGACUAUAGACAGCCCCCGUUGGACUACAGACACCCUCCUGUAGCAGACUACCGCCAGCCGCCCACCCUGGACUACAGACACCCUCCUCUGAUGGACUACAGACAGCUGUCCACUGACCCCAGGCACUUCCCCAUGCCUGUGCCCCACGACUACAGACAGAUCCAGCCACAGAUGCCACAGAUGCCACAGGUCUACCAGGACUUUGACUUCUUCACCGUGGAGCUGGAGAAGAGUAUGAAGGGGUUUGGCUUCAGUAUCCGUGGAGGGAGGGAGUACAAGAUGGACCUGUUUGUCCUGCGACUGGCCGAGGACGGACCCGCCAUCCGCAACGGGAGGAUGAGGGUAGGGGACCAGAUCAUUGAGAUCAACGGGGAGACCACCAGGGACAUGACCCACGCCCGGGCCAUCGAGCUCAUCAAGUCAGGGGGCCGGCGGGUGCGUCUGCUCCUGAAGAGAGGCACAGGGCAGGUCCCAGAGUAUGACAGUACCUCCCCCUGGGAUGCACGCCCUUCAGCCUCCCCAAGUCUGUCGGAAGUAGCCCUGCCCCCAGACACUCUGACCAUGCCAUCACCCUCAUCUCAUCUGACACCGCCCCAGCAGCCCCCAGGCCCCGACCUGGCUCACCUGCCACCUCCGGAGGUCCCGUGGGAGCCGGUGGCACAAGAGAGCAGGAGGGCAGAGCGCUCCCAGAGCCCCCGGAAGGCCCUGGCCGAGCCGCAUAAUCCAGACCAGACCGGCCACGGGAGGAGGGACCGGGACCGGCCCAGUGGGAGUGGCUGCAGCAGCAGGAGUGCCAAGCAGAAAGAGGGUGGCAGGUCCACCCGCAGAGGGAGUGGCCCCAAAGAGGGAGGGCCGGUGGGGAGGGAUGAGCAGCUACCUGGGGGAGGGGAGGCCAAAAGCUCCUCCAGGGGGAGGUCUAAGGAGAGAAUAGCCGGGGAGAGCAGUAGCAGCAUGUCCCACGGGAAAAGAGAACCCACCCAGUCCCCGACAAAAGGCUCCAAGCCCUCAUACACAAACUCUAACGGGAACGGCGGCAGCGGCGAUGGUACUCAGAGCGGCAGAGGCAGUCACCCAGACAUUAGUGUCGGGCAUCAGGGGGAGCCGGCACAGGAGAAGCCCAGGCCCAGAGAGGCAGAGAGGGGCACUGAAGAGACCCGGCCCUGCCGCCCCACCAAGAUCACCAGCAGCGGCAGCACGGCAGCGGGUAGGAAGGCCACCGUGUCCCCUGGGCCCUGGAAGAUCCCAGGCUCUGACAAGCUGCCCAGCACCCUGCGCUCGGGCACGUCCACUGUGAGCAGAUAACACCUUGGAGUAUACCCACCACCACACCCCGAGGCCGGGCUACGCUAAGCCUGGCUAGCCCCUUCAUUGGCUCCACUCGCCCUGCCUCCACUCCCCCACCCCACCCUCUAGACCUCAGAUGUAAAUGGGGGUUCCUCCAUGCGUUUUUAGAGAACCAUUUUUAUUUAUAUUGUACUCUAAAUUAUUUUGAGAGAUAUUUUACACCGACCACCUUAAGAACUGGAAAGCAUCCACUUAAAAAUUCAAAACAAGAAGAAACCAAGCAGAAUGUGUGUAGCGUGACAGGAUCCUUGAGCAGUGUUAAGGGGUCUGAAUACAGGAACUUCAUUUGGAAGUGCUCAAAUCCCCACAGCACUCCAGUCGAGGACCUACAUGCAAAUUGAACCACUCACUGAUUGGUUGACUGUGACACUGCAGUUUUUUAUACAAUGGAGUCUAUUUUAUGAAAAGGAAUGUUGAAGAGGGUUUGCCUGUUUUUGUGUAUUUUGAAGAGAGAGAAUGAAAACCAACAACUAGAAAAAGAGUAUACGCAUUAAUGGAACUUUGCCUUAAAUAAGAGACUGUACGGGACUGAAGAAGCUAUCCUGAAUAAUCUAUCAAAUGAUAUAGAAAAAAAUAUAUUAUAUGAUGAGUAUUAAUAUGUGGGACAUAUGAUCAUCUCUAAUGCAUACCUAGUCGGGCCAAUGGUAGUUUUGAGGUGCCACGUAAGCUAGACAAGCGAAGGAACACAACACCGUUUUUCAACACUCCCUUAUAGCUUCCCAGCCUAUGAUGUUGCAUUUCUGGUCUGCGUGGACCCAUUCUACAAGACUGCAGUGGACUCUUAAGUGCUGUUUGUGCUUGAAUCACCAAUGAUCAAUGGUUGGGUCACAGGAGAUACAUUUCCCCCUCACUGUUCUUCACGAAAAAAGCAAUUUGCUGAGGUUUGUCUGGUGGACACUGUGGAGAGAGUGAAGGUUCAUGGGAUAUCGGGGCAGAGUGCCUUACGAUCAGGGACCGACGGACAAAGAGGUCUGUUAUGGACUUAGAGAACCUAGAACACUCUCUAGACUGAUGUGGUUCAAUCCAGGCUGCUACCGUACAGUCAAUACCAAUGUCCCAAUAUUCAUAUACAUCUGUGCAAUGACGGACAGUCAUGUUUUUAUAUCUCUGAUUGUUUAAAUUUGUUCACUGUAUUUACAGGCCCCACCGUAUUUAUUUGGUCAGAAAACAUUAGCAAAUCUGUCAAUUUCCUUACAUAUUGAAGUUAGUUCCACAACUUUUUGGGGUUCUGAUGGUAUCUCAUCGUCAGAUAUCAAAACGUCUAGGCAGAACAUCUCUAACAGAUGGUGUAAUCAAGUUGUGUUUGGGUGGUAAUAUGGCAAGUGUGUGAAUGCAGGAAACUACAUUAGUAUUUCUGGUAGGGAUCAGAGAGAGAGAGAAGCAUUGCCGUUUGUCACAAGCUCAUUCAUCACUUAAAUGUGUCUAAUGGUCUGUGGCUUCACUUAACGCUGUACAUUUGCACAAGACAUGAAACACUUUUAUCUCCCAAAGACGCAUACGUAUACAGUGAGGGAAAAAAGUAUUUGAUCCCCUG